CACUGUCUUGCGGGGCAUAGAAGAGGGCAGACAGUACCACACAAGCUCUGGGACUGGAGAACCCUGUUGAUCUGGGACCUUCCUGUGGGAUACCUGACGUUGCACAGCAGCCAUGCCUUUUGCAGAUCCUGUCCCUUCGAACAAGAGGAAGGCGGUCAGCAAGAUCAUCACAGACCUGUCCAACCUCAGCCAGAAAGAGGAUGAGUUGGACCCCGAUGCAGCUGAAUUUGAUCUGGGCACCAAGAUAAAGACUCCCAAGGAUGUGAUGCUGGAGGAGCUGUCCCUGAUGAAAAACAAGGGAUCCAAGAUGUUCCAGAUGAGGCAGCAGAGAGUUGAGAAGUUCAUCGUGACUAACGAGAACCUGCAGAACCUCCAGAACCUGCUCACAAUUCCUCCCCCUGUUCCACCAAAGCCUGAAAUGCCAAAAGCAGAAAAGGUGGAUGAAACAGUGAAUGAUGAGGAAGAAAAGGCAAAGAGGAGAAAGGAGUAUGCACCUACCUACGUGUCGCCAUGGGAACGGGCCAUGCUCAACAACGAGGAGCUGAAAGCCACCAUGAAGCCUCUCAUGCCAGGACCCAUCCAAAUCCACCCAGACCUGCCUCAGUACAAGAGCUUCAACAGGACGGCGCUGCCAUACGGCGGCGUCGACAAGGCGUCCAAGAUGCUGACCUUCGAGCUCCCAGAGCUCAGCAAUGCUGGCGAGGAGCCCGAGCCUCUCCCCGCCCAGCAGGCCGACAUCCGCUCUCGGCCCUCGUUCAACCGCACGCCCAUCGGCUGGGUCUGCAGCGAAGACAGCGCACUCAUCCACACGGACCUGGAGGCCAAGGCCCCCUUUGACGGGGAGACUGAUGACCUGUGAUCCCCCCCCCCCCCCCCCCCACACACACACAUGCAGACCUGAGCCUAUUUACAACAUAAGCAGUCAGAAACACACACCAAGUGAAACUCACACAUGAAGAAUGCACUUUCAGCUGUGUGAAGACACGAAACCAACAGACUGACGACUUGUCAUAAACACCGAGAAGAUUCUCCUCGUUAGAACUGCAGAGAAAAACACAAUGAAAAGAAGAAAGUAUCUCCUGUCUUAACCCUUAAUAAAAGUCUUGAUGUCAGAUCUGAGUGAACAGCUACGGAGAAGCACUCUGCACUCUUAAAACAAAGUAAAUGUGCAAUAAAUGUCCCCUUUA